CGUCGCCGGCGCGCUCGGGAGCAGGCGAGGAAAUGGCGGCUGCCCCCGGCGUUGCGCGGAGUCGGUUCGUGGUGGUGGGCGGAGGAAUCGCAGGGGUUACCUGCGCGGAGAAGCUGGCCAUGGAAUUCCCAUCAGAAGACAUUUCUUUAAUGACGACUUCUCCAGUUAUAAAAGCUGUAACGAAUUUCAAACAGGUCUCCAAAAAACUUGAGGAAUUUGAUGUAGAAGAGCAACCAAGCUCUCUGUUAGGAAAACGAUAUCCCAAUAUUAAAGUUAUACAGUCUGGAGUAAAACAAUUGAAAAGUGAUGAACAUAAAAUUUUCACUGAAGAUGGGAAAGAAUAUAUGUAUGAAAAACUUUGCCUGUGUGCUGGAGCAAAACCAAAAUUAAUUUUUGAAGGAAAUCCAUAUGUGUUAGGAAUCCGGGAUACUGACAGUGCACAGGCUUUUCAGAAGAAUUUGGCUCAAUCUGAGAGAAUAGUAGUGGUAGGAAAUGGUGGGAUUGCACUUGAAUUGGUGUAUGAAAUUCACGGCUGUGAAGUAAUCUGGGCUAUCAAAGACAAAGCCAUUGGGAACACUUUUUUUGAUGCAGGAGCAGCUGAAUUUCUCAUUCCAAAGCUAACUGCUGAAAACCGAGAGACUCCAAUUGAAUGUAAAAGAACCAAAUAUACAAUGGAAGGAAGUGAGGAAAAAGAAAGACGUAGAGCAGCGUCUGACAAACCGGGCAGUGCCUUAGGCCCCGAUUGGCAUGAGGGCUUAUGUCUUAAAGGGACUAAAGAGUUUUCUCAUAAAGUACAUAUUGAAACACUAUGUGAAGUAAAGAAAAUAUACUUACAGCAAGAAUUUAUACAACUGCAACGGACUUCUUUGACUUUUCCUAAGGAAGAGAAAAAUGUAGAACCAGAUGAGGUGCUAUGGCCUGUAUAUGUGGAAUUAACUAAUGGAAAAAUUUAUGGAUGCGAUUUCAUUGUCAGUGCAACUGGAGUUGUGCCAAAUGUUAAACCAUUUCUUGAUGGCAAUAGUUUUGCUGUAGGUGAAGAUGGAGGUCUUAAUGUAGAUAAACACAUGCGCACAUCCCUGCCAGAUAUAUAUGCAGCUGGAGAUAUCUGCACGGCGUCGUGGGAACCUAGUCCAGUGUGGCAUCAGAUGAGACUGUGGACUCAAGCUAGGCAGAUGGGAUGGUAUGCAGCAAAAUGCAUGGUAGCAGAUACUUUAGGGGAAUCUAUUGAUAUGGAUUUCAGCUUUGAACUAUUUGCUCACGUUACAAAAUUUUUCAAUUACAAGGUGGUGGUUUUGGGGAAAUACAACGCUCAAGGCUUGGGUUUAGACCAUGAACUCAUGCUGAGAUGUACCAAGGGACAAGAGUAUGUUAAAGUCGUGAUGCAGAAUGGCCGAAUGAUGGGAGCUGUGCUGAUUGGUGAAACGGACUUGGAAGAAACCUUCGAAAACUUAAUUUUAAAUCAGAUGGAUCUUUCAGCCUAUGGUGAAGAUCUCCUGAAUCCAGAUAUUGAUAUAGAAGAUUAUUUUGAUUGAACAAAACCCUGUUUUGACACCAAGUAAUAUGUCUUCUAAAACUGUUUCCUCAGGAUUACCGGAAAUGAGGGAUAAAUGCAAUUCCUUAUUAAGAUUUUGCGUUGAUCUUGUCAAAAUACUGACCAGCAAAUUAAAUUGAUCUGUGUAGAAAUGCAGCAACAAAAGCAAGUGGAUUAGUGUUGGCAAAAAGUUUUCGUCUAGAUUAGAUGAGCAUAUGGGAACAGGGCUAGAACAGUCUUAAAAAGUGGGCUUCACUGCACUGUUAAGGUAGCACUGCAUUCACUUGAAUGCGAGCUAGCCUUCACUUUCUAAAAGUAAAUAAAACAUGUUAAAUCCC